UUUUCUCGCGUUACAACAUGACGCAUAACUUAUCGAUAAAAAAAAAACCUGAGACAUUCACAAGCUGUCGUCGAGGAGAACAAUUGCAUCGUGUGACCAAACAUGUAAUUGGUGGUAGGGAUUUCUUCGCGCUAUAAAUGAACAGUAUCCAACCCGAUUGUUCGUUUGUUUCGCAGCCCUCGACCGACCAACCUCGUAUCGAUUUCGAUUCCAACGAAACGUCAUCGGACCGCGAUGGAUCGCUUCCUGCUUUUCGUCCUGUUGUUCACCGUUUUGCCGUUCACAAUACAAGAUACAGUGGAAGAGGGAGGCUGCAAAUGCGCGGUAUUUUCCAGGCAAAUAUCGAAAUCAAUCAUUGAACGUGCCAUUCCAUAUAACGUCACGUGCGACAGCGAAGGGGAGGAGAAGUGUCAACAAUUGUGCGUUGCUUUGGCCGAGAGCGCUAGGGACCAGGCACCGCAAAUGAUUUGCAAAAAGCUAAACAACAACGUGGAGAAUCUUCAGGUCGCCGUAUACGCGAAAGUGUGCGAAGCGACCAGCUGGAAAUUCACAGGUUUGAAAGCAGCAGAUCCAAUUUGCUGCCACGAGGGGAAAAGCAUAGCUUGUGACGAGCCACUCCCGAUGAUCGAAAACUAAAUGAACUCAUUCCCAAUUAUUCCGUAACCCAUUGAUUAGUCCAUUGUGAAAUUUUACAUUAAUCAACAUUUGCGAAACAUUUAUUACUUUACUAUCGCUGGUUUACUGAACCCGCCUGUUGUGCGAAUAACCCGUUAUAAAUGUUUAAUCAUUAUCGAUCCAAUUAUGAAAAUAAAUACGUAAUCCGGUUUAAUCGAGAA